UAUGGAGCUCUCAGAAGGAAAAUUGGAUUCCAGUGUGGCGGACCUCGAGAGAGAAGCUUACCCUGUUUUGGACGAACUGGGUAGAAAUAGAGGACGCUAACAUCUAUUCUCUUGACAGAUUAGUGGGCAGUUAAAAUCCUUGCAAAUUGUUGCAAGCUUGACAGCAGAAAGAGAUGGUGAAAUUAGAAAAGCUGCUUUGAAUACUCUUGCCACUGGAUAUAAGAUUCUUGGUGAGGAUAUAUGGAGGUAUGUUGGGAAGCUAAGAGAUGCUCAGAAAAGCAUGCUGGAUGAUAGGUUUAAAUGGAAGGUUCGAGAGAUGGAAAAAUGGAAGGAAGGGAAGCCUAGCGAAGCCAGAGCUGCUUUGAGAAUUUCUGUGAGGGAAAUUGGAUUGGAUGUAGCAGAGCAAAGUGGAGAGGUUACACGAUCUGUCUCUGGCCCAGUACUUCCAAGGAAAAACUAUGGGAAUGCUGACAUACAUGUGGAGAGACAACUUAUGCCCCGUGUUCUUGCUGGUACCAAUGGCCCCACUGAUUUGAAUGAAGCUUUGGAUAUUAUUUCUUUUGGUUCUCCUAAGCAGUCUGUUGAAGGAAUGAAAGUCGUGUGUCAUGAGCUGACACAAGCCACUAAUGAUCCAGAAGGCAGUGCAAUGGAUGAACUUAUUAAAGAUGCAGACAGACUUGUUUCAUGCUUUGCAAACAAGGUUGCCAAGACCUUUGAUUUCAGCUUGACAGGAGCAUCAUCUAGAUCUUGUAAAUAUGUUCUCAACACCCUCAUGCAGACAUUUCAAAACAAGAGACUGGCUUAUGCUGUCAAGGAAAGCACUCUUGAUAGUCUAAUUACUGAGCUCCUUCUAUGGCUGUUGGAUGAGAGAGUUCCACAUAUGGAUGAUGGCAGCCAACUUUUAAAAGCUUUGAAUGUUCUGAUGCUAAAGAUUCUGGAUAAUGCAGAUCGAACUUCAUCCUUUGUUGUUCUCAUCAAUCUCUUACGUCCAUUAGAUCCUUCAAGGUGGCCCUCACCUGCAUCAAAUGAGACAUUUGCUGUCAGAAAUCAGAAGUUCUCUGAUCUGGUUGUUAAAUGUUUGAUAAAACUUACAAAGGUUCUUCAAAGCACUAUUUAUGAAGUCGACCUUGACCGCAUCCUUCAAAGCAUCCAUUUGUAUCUGCAAGACUUGGGGAUGGAAGAAAUUAGAAGACGUGCUGGUGCUGAUGACAAGCCAUUGCGCAUGGUGAAAACUGUUCUACAUGAACUACUGAAGCUUCGAGGAGCUGCUAUUAAAGGUCACCUUUCAAUGGUUCUUAUUGACAUGAAGCCUCAACCAAUAAUUCUUGCUUACAUUGAUCUUAAUCUAGAGAAAGCUAUAAAAACUGUCCAACCUGCUACUAGAAGAGAAGGGUUUUCUGCCAUUCCUAAUGUAAAAUUGGAAGAUGUAGGUGGACUAGAUCUUAUAAGGAAGGAACUUGAUCGAUUCAUAAUUAGGCAUUUCAAAUACCACGAGAAAUUUAAGUGUGUUUGUGACUGGGAUGAUCAUGAAAAUAAGUUUAUUGAAGUUGAAGGAAUUAUGAGAAGACAGAUAAAGGAAUGGGCAUCUGAGCAUUGUUCAGCACCUUUUCGAGCUCCUGAGUUGUGGGAUUGUCCAAGUAAUGCAGAUAUCGAUGAGAGAGCUGAUAUUUGGUCAUUAGGAUGCACUUUAUAUGCGAUAAUGUGAUAAUGUUUUUUAUCAUGUGAUUUAAGAUUUAUUGGUUUAAGUUUUCGGGUCUUUGUCUCCUGAGAGCUAUAAUAUAAUUUGAUGACAGUGUUGAAUGUUUUGAACUAAUUUGUGGAUUGUUAAUACAAUGUUGAAUGCUUUUUACUUUUUGUUAUUUGAAAAUCAAGUUCAUUUGA